AUGGCACAGCCCGGGCCCGAGGCCGCGUGCCCCUCUCAGAGGGGCCACAAGAUUCAGCCAAGUGAUGCCACCUGGGAUUCCUAUGCCACCACCAUGAGGACCGCAUACACGCCGAAGACCGGAGCCGUGCCUGCUUUAAUUCGCCAAAAAAGUAUCAGAAGACUAGGAUAUACAUAUUCUCUUAGUGACCCUAUUCCCAAUCAGACACAGUACAAUGAUGAGUAUGUUUGGAAAUCACAUUCUAAAGAAGAUUUGGUCAAAAUUGGGACUUCAAGAGGAAUGAGAAGACACAAAUGUCACCCCAGUCAAGACGUCUUUCCCUGGACACUACCUCAAGGUCAACCAGCAGCAUCAAUAAAGAGCUAUCUCCCUUGGAAAAUAGCUGCUACAGAGGAAGAGGUUAGGAAGGCAAUAUCAAAUCAGUUUGUUACCAAUACUAGAAGAGAUUUUGUGGACAAAGCAAAAGCUCAGAAGAUUAAGGAAAGUUCUCCGAUGUCUCUGGAAUGGAAAAAUUUACUUCCCCGACCCGCAGACACUGAAUUUCGACGGAAUUACCAAGUUCCAGCUAAAAUUCCCGAGUUGCAGGAUUUUAGUUUCAAAUAUGGAUGCUACUCAAGCCUACCAGUUUCUUCUCAGGGUCUAGUUCCUGCUGUGCUGCAUAGCCACCUGAGGAAUCAAGAACGCACAAAGAAGCAGACUAUAUACCAAAGCGAUUACGGAAAAUCCCAUCUGGAUUUCUUAACGAUUUUAGACUCAUUUACUCCCUCUCAAAUCACAGAGUACCUUCAGGGUGUUUCUUACAAAGACAGACAAAUUCUCGAUCGCUUUCUCCGCUCUCACUGUGACUUUGGCAUGGGACAGAAAAAUAAAGGAAACAGUUCAAAUGAAAAAAAUUGAAAAUCAAU